UCUCUCUACCUCUCUGUGUCUCUCCCUCAUUUCUACCUGCCUAUCUCACCCCAGCGCACACUUACUCGCACACAUGCGGAGGCGAGAGCGCGUACCCGGCGACUGACCAUCCUCGUGUCUCAUAGCGCCUACCCCAACCUUUCCCCUCUCUACCCACACCUUAAAAAAAAAAAAAUCGGUGACACUAAGCCACCCAUGAAGUACCGUGUGAAGGCAGGCCUGAUGUUGAAUGUAUGUGCAACAUCUACCCAUGUUUGUCGUUGCAUGCGAAAGUUGAACCCCAUGAGACGUGCAGGAUGAUUUGCCAGAACGUCACGACUGAGUGAAACGUCACCACAACAACCGCCUUCAAAUACAACCCGCACGUGUGCUCCGCGCACACCGGACUCUGUGAAGGUGAGGGAUUCUUGUGGGUUACAGGGGCGAUUCUGCAUCCUGUCUCUUCCUGACAAUCUUAAAAACUCAAGAAGGUUCUGAGUCGCCAUGUCAGUCCUCAUGGCGGUGUCCGCGAUAGCUCUGCUGGUGCUAGUGGCACACACGGAGGCCCAGUACUACGUUCCUGGGGCCAGCGUGAACUAUUAUCAACAGACUCCUGACCUGAUACCGCCCAACAUGAUGAUCAUGCAGGUAAGGCAGACGACAACUGUGACGUACAUAGCGGCCCCUGUCUCCUCGUCCCUGGGUCAGUUCGUACUGAGUAACCCCCAGGGUCUCGUGGCUGCAUCGCAGAGGGCGAAUCAGCGAAUGCAAAAUCUGGCUCUCGAGGCCUUGAACAUGAAGCGCAUUGGUCUCGACAACUCGCGCUCGGACAGCACGUACGGCAGACACACGAUCUUCAUCGGCACCAAGGCGUUGGCCAGGGCCUUCAUGGACGACAAGACGCUCAUCGACUUCCUGCUGCAGGAGAUGUUUUCCGCAAUGAGCCUGACGGCCGCCAGCGUGGAGCAGCUGAUGCAGCAAGUCAUCGUGUACAACAAGCAGGGCGACGCCCAGCCCCUGGGGCCGUUGUACCAGUCCGGCUUCCCCUCCGUCUUCACCACGGUCAGCCCCAUCACCACCACCCCCGCCCCCAACUCCCCGGAAAGCAACUUGCGGUGCCAGAGCUCGGUGGAACUCAAGUGCGACCCGGAACUCAAGUUCCGCACGCCGGACGGCACGUGCAACAACCUGGUGCAUAACCUGUGGGGCAGCGCGCUCUCGCCCUUAAGGAGGAUUCUGCAGCCCCAGUACGGUGAUGGUGUCUCCGCUCCCCGCACGACAUCCACCCACAGUCGGAACCCCCUACCAUCCGCUCGAGCCAUCAGCGUCCUCAUCCACCCCUCAGGGCCCGGUAACCUGAUGACAUCACUGACACACAUGGUCAUGCAGUGGGGGCAGUACUUAGAUCACGACAUCACCAGCACACCAAUUCAAACAGCGGCUGAUGGCAGCGCUCUGACUUGUUGUGACGAUGAGGCACCACCAGGGAGCAACACCCGCUUCAGUGUCAGCAACAGGACCGCCUGCUUUCCGAUUCCCAUUCCAUCAUACGAUCCCUACUUCAAGGGACGUAGUUGCUUUAGUUUCACCCGAUCACUGCAGGUGACCAACAGCAACUGUAAGCAAGUCCCCGUGGAGCAGCUGAACCAGCUGACAGCCUAUGUGGAUGCCUCGCAGGUGUACGGGUCCUCGGCUGAAGAACAAAAGAACCUGCGAACUUUCAAAGGGGGGCAGAUGACGACCUCUGGGAAUGACCUUUUGCCGAAGGACAAGGCAGAGUCCUGCGUGUUAAACAACCCUAACAGGGACUACUGCUUCAAGGCGGGUGACCUUCGCGUCAAUGAGCAGAUGGGGCUUGCCAGUAUGCAUACUGUAUGGAUGCGAGAACACAACCGACUCGUGCAAAAAAUGGCCGCCGUAAACCCUCACUGGAACGACGAACGCCUUUUUCAGGAGACCCGCAAGAUAGUUGGCGCGCUGUAUCAGAAAAUCACGUACGGCGAUUGGCUUCCGAUCGUGCUGGACAGAAAUCGUUUCGCCGCCAACAACCUUCAGCUGCUGCCGUCGGGCCAACAGAGCAACAUCUACAACCCCAGCGUGGAUGCGGGCGUCAAGAACGUCUUCGCCUCUGCCGCUUUCCGCUUUGGACAUUCCCUCAUCAGAUCCACCAUGUCGCAGAUGACCGAAGAAUAUCACGAAGCUGGAGAGGUUCGACUGCAGUACGUCUUCGGCAAUACCUCCCAGAUCAUAGAAGGUCAAGGUCUGGGAGUGACUAUGUACAUUCGCGGCAUGACACGUGAUGCGCCCAACGUGGUUGACCGCUUUUUCACGGAAGAAAUCAAGAACCAUCUUUUUCAAGACAAAAGAGGCAACAGCCUUGACCUUGUGGCCUUUAACAUCCAGAGGGGUCGUGACCACGGGUUGCCGCCCUACAACGAGUGGAGGAAAUACUGCAAGCUUCCUGUCAUGACUUCUUUCAGCAAUAUGCCGGACCACGACGAGCUGACGGGGCAGGCGUUCAGUCAGAUAUACGAACAUCCAGAUGACAUCGACCUAUUUUCUGGAGCCAUUUCUGAGCGACCUGAAGGAAACGGUUUAGUCGGCCCGACCUUCGCCUGCAUUCUCUCGGAGCAGUUCCGUAACCUGAAAUUUGGAGACAGGUUCUGGUUCGAAACCCGAGAUCCAGUGACAGGGUUCUCACUAGAGCAGCUGGAAGAGAUUCGGAGACACAGCUUAGCCCGGGUGAUCUGCGCUAACACUGGAGGUGGCCACAUCCAGGGCAACCCCUUCGUGCAGCCGUCAGACUCGAACCCGAUGGUGAACUGCAACGACCUGCCCGAUAUGACCAUGGAGCCGUGGCGGGAGGUGCAGGGGCGUGCCCGGGUGGGCACGUGGACGGAGUGGGGUGAGUGGUCAGCCUGCGACCAGGGCAUGCAGCUGCGUCAACGUGCGUGCAGCCAGUACGGCGAGUGCGCUGGCAACUACCAGGACUCGCAGCCAUGUGCAUCUCCUGGCUGGACCUCGCAAUGGUCACAGUGGUCCCCCUGGUCCACCUGCUUCCAGGGCCUGCAGGCCAGGAGCCGCGCGUGCAGUGGACAACCUGCGACAGGCUUCGGCAGUCCGUGUCCAGGUGGGCCACAGGAGACCCGGCCGUGUUCCAGUGGGACAGUCGGGUGGGCCCAGUGGGGGCCAUGGGGUACUGUCUGUUCACAAGGGAGACAAUGGCGAGAAAGGACAUGUACCCGUAGCCCCAACCAAGUGGGUGUUUGUUCUGGGCCCAGCUCUCAGUCCAAACCUUGCACACCUCCCUGGAACUACCCAUGGAAUAAUAACGGAAAUCCACAGACUGGACCUUAUAACACUUAUGGAUGAUAAACUUACCUUAACCAGCAAAUAACUUUUCCCCAUUUCCCCAAUAAACUUAAAUAAUGAAAUUGUGUUGUGUGUGUAUCCAAAUCAUACCAAAGUUUUAAAGUGCUCAAGUGAACUGUGGUCUAAGUACUCCUUACACUGUUCCCAAUAACUCCCUAGGAGUGUUCGUUGUGUUGUGUGCUCAUGUCGUAAAUC